AGGAAUUAGGCUGCAACGUCAGUGUUACAGAACACUUUGGUUGUUGAUGCUACAUCAACACUGCACACACGACGCAGGCUUGAUGGAGGAGAGACAGAGAGGAGGAGGAAGAGACAGGAGAGAGAGAUGUGGAAUAGUCAGCUGGGGUGGUCUACACUGAACAAACUGGCUGGCUCCUGCAUACAUCACAAAACACCACCUACGCGCAUUAGUUAAGAAAAUCUGGAGUGUUCGGCGGGCGCUACGAUUCUGGGUCGACCGAUUUACCGGCCUCUUCCAAAUUCGUAUUUGCCUCAGUUAUUUUCUCCAACUUCCACAAACAUGACAACGCUCUAGCAUCGCACGAGUCGUCUGAAAGGGGCUUUUUUCUCGUCCCUUUCUCCGUUAUUCAGAUGGCAGAGGAGGGAAUUCAGGGCAGAUGCCUCCCGUGGAUAUUCCUUUUAGAGGAAAUGGGACCCAACCUUUGUGAAUGGAACUACUGUACUAAACUACCCAUCUGCUGUCAUUUUACACGAUGCUCGACCAUCCUUUCUACAUAGGUCAAAAGAUAGGAUAAAAACAGACUGCGGCAUCUAAAUGAAGUUGUUCAGCCAUGCAAUGUUCCUGGAAGGCUGUGAUUCUGCUAGCCUUGGCAUCAAUAGCAAUCCAGUACACAGCAAUUAGAACUUUCACAGCAAAGCCCUUUCAGAUCUGCCCUGUGCCAAACCCUCUGAACUGUGGCCUAGGUCAGGAGACAGAGCCCUUUGAUCGGAUAUGCGAUGAGUACCCUUACAUUGCCUACAACGCCUCCAGGAAGACCCACAUUCUUAUCCUGGCCACCACGAGGAGUGGCUCCUCCUUUGUGGGUCAGCUGUUUAACCAGCACUCAGAUGUGUUCUACCUGUUUGAGCCCCUCUACCACGUGCAGACCACCUUGAUUCCUCGACUUUCUCACAGCAAAAACACAGCUGACCGGAGGGUGAUGCUGGGGGCUAGCCGGGACCUCCUGAGGAGUUUGUAUGACUGUGACCUCUACUUCCUGGAGAGUUACAUCAAGCCCCAGCCUGUUAACCACACCACAGACAAACUCUUCCGCCGCGGGGCCAGCAAGGCCCUGUGCUCACCACCAGUGUGUGAUGCAUUUGGCCCCAGUGAGGUCAACAUAGAGGAGGGCGACUGCGUCAAGAAGUGCACCUCCCUUAACAUAACCCUGGCUGUCGAUUCCUGCAAGGAGCGUCGCUACGUGGCUAUCAAGAUUGUGCGGGUGCCAGAGAUCAGUGACCUCAGGGCCCUUGUGGAGGAUCCCCGGUUGAAUCUAAAGAUCAUCCAGCUGGUGCGGGACCCACGUGGCAUACUGUCCUCCAGGAUUGAGACCUUCCGGGACACCUACCGCCUGUGGAGGAUCUGGAGGGCAACAGGCCGUAGACCAUACAACCUGGACCUGACCCAGUUGACUGUAGUGUGUGAGGAUUUCCUCAACUCAGUCAACACAGGUCUGAGCCGGCCCCACUGGCUGAAGGGGAAGUACAUGCUGGUGAGGUAUGAGGACCUGGCAAGGAACCCGCUCCAAAAAACCAAGGAGAUUUACCAGUACUUGGGCAUGUCACUCGACAAGAAUGUAGUCAAGUGGAUACAGACCAACACUCGAGGAAGUAACGAACUGUCAGCCAAGCAUAAGUACGGCACUGUGAGGGACUCAGCAGCCAAUGCCGAGAGCUGGAGGCUGAAACUGUCUUACGACAUGGUCGACUACACUCAAAAUGUCUGUAAACAGAUCCUCCACCAGCUGGGCUAUAAGAUGGUCAAGUCCCCAGAAGAACUUAAAAACAUGUCGCUCACGCUCGUUCAAGACAGAACUUUUGUACCAUUUUUGUAACAAAGGAGGUUGUGGAGGACUAUUUUUGAUAUAUUUAUAAAUGUUGCCUUAAUGUUUCAAAUUUGCACUAAACUUUCAAAACCCUGACAGCAUCUCGGCAGCACCCUUAUUGCUAAAAAAGCAGCACAACACAUCUGAACACAUAAUGCUGCCCUCAAAUUUUGGGUUUCAUAAGUUCAUCGAGGCCAUAAUGUUUGCUUCAGAAGUAUGAGCAAACUUAAAGCACCAUCCUUCUUAUGGUCAUUGUAUGCUGGCUGCUGCAUUGACAAUAGUGAAUGUUGCUGUUUGUCCAUUUGAAGCAAGUGGACCUACAAUAUUGUUAGGAUAUGUACUUAAUACC